AUGGGGGACUGGAAUUUGUUGGGCAGCAUCCUUGAAGAAGUGCACAUCCACUCCACCAUUAUUGGCAAAAUCUGGCUCACAAUCUUGUUCAUAUUCCGGAUGCUGGUGCUGGGAGUGGCUGCCGAAGACGUGUGGGAUGAUGAGCAGUCUGAGUUCAUCUGCAACACAGAGCAACCUGGCUGCAGCAAUAUCUGUUAUGACAAAGCCUUCCCCAUCUCUUUGAUCAGAUACUGGGUACUGCAGAUCAUAUUUGUCUCUUCUCCAUCUCUUGUUUACAUGGGCCAUGCACUCUACAGGCUAAGGGCUCUUGACAAAGAACGACAGAAGAAAAAGGCCCACUUGAGGGCCCAGCUGGAAGACCUGGAGCCCAUGCAUGAGGAACACAGGAGAGUGGAGAGGGAGCUACGGAAGCUUGAAGAGCAGAAGAAAGUGAAUAAGGCACCCCUGAGAGGGUCCCUGCUGCGCACCUAUGUCCUACAUAUCCUGACCCGGUCAGUGGUCGAAGUGGGCUUUAUGAUAGGUCAGUAUCUUUUAUAUGGGUUUCACAUGUCCCCCCUUUACAAAUGCACUCGGCCCCCUUGCCCUAACACGGUGGAUUGUUUUGUGUCCAGACCCACAGAGAAGACCAUCUUUAUGGUUUUCAUGAACAGCAUUGCCGCAGUCUCCCUCUUCCUCAACAUCCUAGAAAUCGCCCACCUGGGCAUCAAGAGGAUAAAGAAGACCCUCUACGGGCGGCCGCGGCGGCCGGCGGCCCCGGCCGAGGAGGAGCCGAGCGUUUACAGCGCCAAGCAGAGCUCCGCGCUGCCGCCGCCCCGCGCGGCCAGUGUAUCGCCAACGCAGGGUAACGCCAUCCCCGCGGAAAGGCGGAGUUUGCAGGCAGCGGACCCGAGCGGCAAGCGCCCGCGUCACGCCACGGCUCCCUCCUCCGCCCCGACGCCGUUUCGGAGGUCGCUCGGCUCCGCUCAGAGACGAGCCCAGGCGGGAACGCCAGCUCGGCCUCGGCCCUCACGCAGCAGCUCGCUGGACUCGUAG